GGCCCGCGGGCAGCCUAGGAGCUGAGCCGAGCCGGGCGAUGCGGGGCCGGGCCGGGCGCCGCCGCCGCCGCGAUGCUCCGCCGCAGCCUCAGUCGCCUGUGUGCUGGGGAAGAGAAGCGAGUUGGGACGCGCACCGUGGUGGUCGGGCACCGUCCUGUGUCGGAAACAGAUGCGUAUGUGGCACAAAAGUUCUGUGACAACAGGAUCGUCUCUUCCAAGUACACCCUCUGGAACUUCCUCCCGAAGAACCUUUUCGAGCAGUUUAGAAGAAUUGCCAACUUCUACUUCCUCAUCAUCUUCCUUGUGCAGGUGAUAGUGGACACCCCAACCAGCCCAGUGACCAGCGGCCUCCCACUCUUCUUUGUCAUCACUGUCACAGCUAUCAAGCAGGGUUACGAGGACUGGCUGAGGCACAGAGCUGACAACGAAGUGAACAAAAGCAAUGUCUUCAUUGUGGAAAAUGCAAAGCAAGUGCAGAAAGAGAGUGAAAAAAUCAAGGUUGGAGACAUAGUAGAGGUGAAAGCAGAUGAGACCUUCCCUUGUGACCUGAUAUUUUUGGCCUCGAGCAGCAUUGAUGGGACCUGUUACGUCACUACAGCGAGUCUUGAUGGCGAGUCCAAUUUCAAGACUCACUAUGCGGUACGGGAUACCACCGUGCUCUGUACGGAUGAAGCCAUCGACGCCCUCACCGCCACCAUCGAAUGUGAACAGCCGCAGCCUGACCUCUACAAAUUUGUUGGAAGAAUUAUCAUCUACAAAAGCAACCAAGAGCCCAUAGCCAGGUCUUUGGGUCCUGAAAACCUGUUACUGAAAGGUGCUACCCUCAAAAACACCAAGAAGAUUUAUGGAGUUGCAGUCUAUACUGGAAUGGAAACAAAAAUGGCUUUGAACUACCAAGGGAAAUCUCAGAAGCGGUCUGCUGUAGAAAAAUCUAUCAAUGCUUUCUUGAUAGUCUACCUGUGCAUCCUGCUGAGCAAGGCUACUGUGUGCACCACUCUGAAGUAUGUCUGGCAGAGUAAUCCAUUUAAUGAUGAGCCUUGGUACAAUGAAAAGACUAAAAAAGAGAGAGACACGUUCAAGGUCUUGCGGAUGUUCACAGACUUCUUGUCCUUUAUGGUCCUCUUCAAUUUCAUUAUCCCAGUCUCUAUGUACGUCACAGUAGAGAUGCAGAAGUUCUUGGGCUCUUUCUUCAUCUCUUGGGACAAGGAGAUGUAUGAUGAAGAAAUAAAAGAGGGAGCAUUGGUGAACACCUCGGACCUGAACGAAGAGCUUGGGCAGGUAGAGUACAUCUUCACGGACAAAACUGGGACCCUGACAGAGAACAGCAUGGAGUUCAUCGAGUGCUGCAUAGAUGGGCACAAGUACAAAGACUGCAUUUCAGAGGUGGAUGGCUUCUCUCAGGCUGAUGGACCCCUAAAGUACUAUGGCAAAGCAGAAAAGAGCCGUGAGGAACUGUUCCUGCGAGCCCUCUGCCUGUGCCACACUGUGCAGAUCAAGGAGGCAGACCAGGUGGAUGGGCUGAUAGGACAUCCCGAGCGCAAGUGCAGCUACAUCUCCUCUUCCCCAGAUGAAAUUGCUUUGGUGAAAGGUGCAGAAAAGUAUGGUUUCACUUUUCUAGGACUUGAAAAUGAUUUCAUGAAAAUAAGAAACCAAAAGAAUGAAACUGAAAUGUACCAGCUUCUCCACGUGUUGAACUUCGAUCCUGUCCGUCGCCGUAUGAGUGUCAUUGUGAGAACAACCACAGGGAAGUUGCUUCUCUUCUGUAAAGGAGCAGACUCCUCUAUUUUUCCAAGGGUGCAGCAAGAAGAAAUCCAGCAAACAAAAGUCCAUGUGGACCGAAACGCUAUGGAUGGCUACCGGACGCUCUGCGUGGCAUUCAAAGAGCUGACUCAGAAGGAGUACGACAAAAUUGACAGGCAGCUUAACGAAGCUAAGAUGGCUCUGCAGGACAGGGAGGAGAAGAUGGCAAAGGUUUUUGAAGACACAGAAGCAGACAUGCACUUGAUUGGGGCUACUGCUGUGGAAGACAGGCUGCAGGAGCAGUCAGCAGAGACAAUCGAAGCUCUACAUGCAGCUGGCAUGAAGGUUUGGGUGCUGACAGGAGACAAGAUGGAAACUGCCAAGUCCACCUGCUACGCCUGCAGGCUCUUCCAGACCAGCACCGAGCUGCUGGAGCUGACGGCAAAAACAGUGGGCGAGAGCGAAAGGAAGGAGGAUCGGCUCCAUGAGCUGCUGAUGGAGUACCACAAAAAGCUGAUUCAGGAUGUUCCCAAAAACCGGGGAGGCCUGAAGAGAAGCUGGACUCUGAGUCAGGAAUAUGGCCUGAUUAUAGAUGGCUCAACAUUGUCAUUGAUCCUCAACCCUUCUCAGGACUCCAGCUCUAGCAAUUACAAAAACAUAUUCCUACAGAUCUGCUUGAAGUGUACUGCAGUCCUCUGCUGCCGGAUGGCUCCUCUGCAGAAGGCACAGAUUGUACGAAUGGUGAAGAACACAAAAGGCAGCCCAAUAACGCUUUCGAUAGGAGACGGUGCAAAUGAUGUCAGCAUGAUUUUGGAAGCGCAUGUUGGAAUAGGUAUAAAAGGCAAAGAAGGGCGUCAGGCUUCCAGGAACAGUGACUAUGCUGUGCCAAAGUUCAAACAUCUAAGGAAAUUGCUCCUAGCACAUGGGCAUUUGUAUUAUGUGAGAAUAGCACACCUUGUACAGUAUUUCUUCUAUAAGAACCUUUGCUUCAUUUUACCACAGUUUUUAUACCAGUUCUUCUGUGGAUUCUCACAGCAGCCACUGUAUGAUGCUGCUUAUCUUACCAUGUACAACAUCUGCUUCACAUCUCUACCUAUCCUGGCAUACAGUCUCCUGGAGCAGCACAUCAACAUUGACACGCUGACCUCAGAUCCUCAGCUCUAUAUGAAGGUUUCGGAUAAUGCAAUGCUGCAGUGGAGGCCAUUCCUGUACUGGACCUUUCUGGGUGCCUUUGAAGGACUUGUGUUUUUCUUUGGGGCUUACUUUCUUUUUCAAAACUCAUCAUUGGAAGAUAAUGGAAAGGUUUUUGGGAACUGGACCUUUGGGACAAUUGUCUUCACCGUGCUGGUGUUCACCGUCACUCUGAAGCUAGCAUUAGAUACCCGAUUCUGGACGUGGAUGAACCACUUUGUGAUCUGGGGCUCCCUUGCCUUCUACGUGUUUUUCUCAUUCUUUUGGGGAGGAGUCAUUUGGCCUUUCUUGAAGCAGCAAAGAAUGUAUUUUGUAUUUGCCCACAUGCUGACUUCUGUUUCCACGUGGCUGGCAAUAAUCCUCCUGAUCUUUAUCAGCCUUUUCCCAGAAAUUCUUCUAAUAGUUUUAAAAAAUAUAAAAGAGAAAAAUCAUCAGACUGGCCCCUUUGAUCUGCCCAUGUUAGUCUCAUACAAACGUAUAGAGAAUGAUUAUGUGAAGACUGAAGAUGCUGUUACUAACUUGGCAGAAAAAUAUCCUCUCAGGAUACUUUAAAGUGCUCCGUACAAACACUGUAUGUUGUCAUGCUGUAGGAAAAGCAACCCCAACAAACAACAACGUAGUUGGAACCUAACAGUUCUUUUUAAUACUACCAAAUAGAGUAAGCAGCCCUGCUGAUAAAGCAGUAGCCAGAGCACUGUCUUUGGGCUUGGUGGCUUACCCACCCUCCCCAACAAACACAUUCUGCCAAAUCCUACAUCACUGCAGGCUGAGAAAGCAUCUUUAGGAAUUCAUCCAAAACAGCAUGAAUUGAAGCGCAAGAGAGCGAUGCCAGCUCCAUUUCACACGGGGGCUUCCUCUGCCCGCUGCAGGCCUGGCCAAGAGCAGCCAAGAGCUGCUGAAGUCUCUUGCUUUGCCUGACCAAAGAAGUAGCACAGACUUUAAACCCAGUAACAGCCCCUGAAGGUGCCAAGGAAAGCCUGCUCCUCUCACAUGGAAGCUGGAUGCAUCCCUGAGAGCAUCUCGCCUGGGGCUGUGGCCCCCUCGGUGGGGGCUGUCCCCUCCCAGCCAUGGGUUGCCAGAUGCACAUGGCAGAAAUACUUGAAAAUCUGGGAGAGAUCUUGGCUUGAUGGUGCAAAACGUUCAGUCAUGUGUCCCUCCUCUGAGUACGACUGGAAGUGGUCUGUGGUCCAUGUGGAGACCUGCUGGGAAGUGCCUCCUGCGGCCAGGUUGCUGGUGAGUUUGUUCCUGAUGGAGGGGAAGAAGAGGUCGUUUUCCCUCAUGCUGUGGCUGCUAGUGGUGAAAGGAGGUUUCCAUGGGGGAGGAAGGAAUCUCAAAAGCUGGGCUGUGCCAGACUUCCAGCCAUUUUGCCUGGGCUGCUGUGGUUGUUCUUACAUUGCUGCACUGUGCAGUCGCUUCAACACUUUAAAGGCCUGAGUGACAACGUGAUCCUUGGGUGAUCCCCAGGGACCAGGACUGCACCCGCAAGCAUAUCAAACUGCAUCUUGAGUUAUUUGCACUAAAGAAAAACAGGAAGCCAGUUUGAAAAUAAAAGGAAUUGAUGAACCUGAUUUUAUUUUACACUUUAUUUGGGUUUUAAAUUGGCAUGUUCUUUUCAAAUCGACCUGUACCAUGGUUAUGGGAGCUUUUCUCUUCAGGUUGUGCACAGCAGAGCUGAGAUGCCUGUUAUCUGAUUUUAUUUUUUUCCUCUCCCUCUCUCUGGAUACUUCAUCUGGGGAAAAAGUAGCUUUAUAGAUGCAUUGAGUCCUAAGCAGUGAUGGAGCACCCUGCUUGGUGUGACAGUUCCCCUUCGUGCAGAGCAGUGCAGAGGAACCACUGUGAGAAGCCUUCAGGUCUCAUGUCAGCCGUAACAAGCUCCAUGCUGCAACUGGGUUUGGCUCCUGCUCGCUCAGGCUUUGUGUCGCUUAUGUGCAGAGAAGCGAUGAUUUGUGACUAGGUGGAACAUUUCCUUCAUCACAUCUCUCUGACAAAGGACUCUCUCAUGGUUUGGAAGAAUCGAGUCUUGCUCUCUGGCUGCUGCCCACGAGGUCUGUCUUGGGCUCUGAUGGAAGCAGGAUCCAGAUCAACUGCUGGUAAAGUCCGAGGUGCAUCAUAAGGACAUUUUGCAAUGGGCAUUACCUGUGUGGGAAAGGGGUAUGAAGAGUCUCUGUGGCUGGCUGGUGGCUGCUCUUAGAUCUGCCCAGCAUGGGAGGGGACACACAGACAGGACCACUGUAUCAUACAUGCUGCACUGGCCUCAAGUGGUGCUUGCUGGCACAGUGUUAGCAACUGCAGCUUGACUCCUUGCUGCACGCAAGUAAGGAGCUACACUUCCAGCAUGUGUCCCAUGGGCAAAGCUUUUAUUAUAUAUAUUUCUUCCCUUCUCUCUUUUUUUUCCACCCUUUUUCUAGCUCAUUUCACAGACCUAGAAUUCAGCUUGCAGACCUUGUCCCAUUCUCAACUUUACUUGCUAAAAUGUGGUGCCUACAGAUCAAGUCUGCGAUGAGUGCGACGAAGAUAGGCUCUAUAUGCCAAAUCUAACCUUUCUCCUUAAAUAUACACUUGCUGACUUGUGUUUACAUAACCUUUAAAAGGCAGGCACUGAAAUGCCUCAUUCCUGUGAUUCAAAACCAUUCCAAGCCCAAAUGGUCCCAAGCCUGACACCUUGCUUCUUGGUUUGUCUUGUGGCAGGCUCUACUGUGUUCCCAUGGAAUUCAGGUGGAGUUUUGCUGGUGACCUGGGUGUGAACAGACUGAAGCUUGCCGUGUGUGUGUGAACUGUCUGAAUAAAGCCACUUAAACAGGCUGCAAAACUUGAACUUAUCUCAAGGUGGAGCCUUCUAAGAACCAGAUCUUUCUCUUCCCAUUUCCAAGUGUUCUGUCUCAGGAUGCAGCAAGCCAUUGCAGUAGCUGCAUGUUCAAACCCAAGGCAGGAGUGCUGAGAAGCAGGUUGGAAUUGAUGUGGAAUGUCUUGGGAAAAGAUUUUUCUGGGCUUGGAUCUUCAGCUAGUGCUCGUGUAAUGCUGGGGAUGCCAGGACAGACAGGCUGCCCUGGACCUGCAGAGUUGCUGAUCCUCAUCUUUCGGCAGUGGCAGAAGUGAAAUUCAUAUUGCCAUGGACAGUCAGGGGAAAGAGGAGACCCUUUUUGGCGUUAGAAAAGGGAAGAAAAAGUGGUGAUGGUUAACUGUAAGGUACAAGGCAGCAAGGAUGCUGAGGUGGCAGUGGUCAGACAGUGAUGCUUUGAGAGCUGUCCAUGUACCAUAUACAGGCUGCACUCUCACAGUGCUCAUCAGUGAGCUGCAAGGUCAGUACAGACUUCUCGGUGGAAAAACUUGAAGGAAAAAAAAAAAGAGGCUGGCUUUUGGUUUGGGAGUUGUUAUUGUUAUUAUGUCUUUGGGAUUUUUAUUUUCCUGAGAAUUCAUUGCAAUUUUAGUGUCACAGUAAUUAGGGUUCCCUCUUAAAGCUUAUGUGAUAACAGAGGAACUUGGUGUAAUGGUAGCUACUCUUCAGAAAACUAAUCCUGAUUGGUAUGAGGCUGUUAUAAAUGACUUGGACUCGCAUAAAAAGCUUACAAUUGAGUUUGUCUACACACAGUUGAAAACCUGACCUAAUCCUGCACCCAUUUAUCCCAUUUCCCAGCUGUGAAUUUUAUUUUAUUUUAUUAAAAAAAAAAAAAAGCUGAAAAAAAUGAUUAAAAAAUCUCUGUAGAAUAUAGAAAGUGUAAAUUCUAUACAGGCAAUGAAAAGAUACAUUUUAUGCUUCUUGGGGGAAAGAAAAAACAAAAUGGAAAAUAAGUUUAAAAAAAAAGACUGCAACCUUACAUUUUUUUCACUUAAAUGCAAUUUUAUACAUUUAUGUUGCUUUAUAUAAAGGAGAUAAUUGAAUGUGAAUGUUACCUUUUAUGAAUGCAACUUGCUCUUUUUUUCAUUACAGAAACUUUUGUUUGAAGUAAUCAAAUAAACUUUGGUAUGUUGUUCUGAUUAAUAUA